UAAAUUUGUACACAGUGCAUGCCGAUUCUGGAGUUGAAAAAACCUGAAAAUCUCGGAAAUAUAGCAAAUUUCGCCCAAAUGACGACUCUGGCGGUUCGUCGCGAGUACAUUGUACCCAGUAGCUCCUCCCAGGAUAUCCAGCCUUCCCCCUUGGCUUUGUUGGCCGCUACUUGCAGUAAAAUCGGGGCUCCAUCAGACGACCAGAACGCCCAGCCGAACCAACAGCAACCUCUGAGGAUCGUAGGACAAAAUCAAGUUGUCAGCGCCGCAGAUUUAGCUGGUCAAAACUGGGUUCAAAUCGGCACAGGAGGGAAUGUAGUGGAUGCGACUGGGAAAACCAUUGCUCAGGCACAACCUGGAACUGCCUCAGUUCAGGUGGGUGGGGCAGCCCCUUUCCAAGGCGCAACCCAGGGACUGUCUCAGGUCAUAGCCAACCCCCUCAAUGGGGGGAACCUAACCUACAGUGUGAUGCCACAGGUUCAGAAUCAGUAUCAGAGUAUCACCAUUGAUGGACAGGAGUACUUGAUACAGACACCCCAACCAACUGCACAGACGGUUGUCCCACAAAGUCCACAAGCAACUUUUAUUACACCUACAGGACAAAUUCUCCGGGCACCGACAGCUGCCACGACACCAGGGGUCGCCACUUUACCCAUGACCCCUGGUGCCGGAACUGUCGUCCAAGGACUAAAUUUUGCGAAUAUGGGGCUGGGGGGAGGACUGGUGACAAACUUACCCAAUGUUGUGAACCUGGGUGGUUUAACCGGGGCACAACCAGCAACAUCUGGAGUACAGAUCAGGCCGACAGCUACUCAAGGAGGGGGCAUGGCAACCUUUGCUAACCCAUUACAAACGUUUCAAUUCCCACAACAACAAGUACAACAAUUCACACAGCAGCAAACAAUUCCUGUACAAGUGCCAGUGAACAUAGGAAACGGCCAAACAGCAAUGCAGACAGUUCAAAUUCCUGUACAGACACUACAGACGCCAACAUUCCAGGCUGCCCCUACGAUUCAAGGUCUACAAAGUUUGGGAAUGCCAGGAAUGCUCCCUUCUGGCGCGGUCCUCCAGUCUUCACUUGGAACAGUCGCAACCAACGGUACACAGACAGUCACAGCGCCGAGCGCUAGCUCGGGACAUGUCACCGUCACCACUCAGACACCUCCCCAAGGUGUAGACGUACAGACAACAAACAAUGUCCAGGCACCACCGCAGGUGCUAACACCACAAAACUCGAACUCCGACACACCCGAGAGUAGUUCCGAAACACCAGAGAUGCAGCAAGUCGUUCAGGGCACAGUCCAGAAUGUUAUUGCUGGUCCCCUAGUACCUGGAAGUGGAAAUGCCAAUAUGUUCCUUGCACAACCUGGUGCCCAAACUGUCUUCGCUCAGCCCGGACAACCCCAGUUUAUGGGAGUCCCAGUCAUGAAUUCGAUGAAUGGAGGUCAAGGUUUUGCGUCGGUUCCGUUAGGAAACCUCGCAACAUUUUUGCCGAUGUCUCAGACUCAGAGUGUUGCCACCAGUGGAGGUGUCACACAAAAUGUGAUCACAUUCUCUAAUGCACAAACUGACACAACGACUGUGACAACCCCUUCAUCGGUAAGUUCUACUCCAGGAGGAUUGCAGAGUAUUCUCCCAGCUCCUGCCCCGCAGAUCAUGCAAGGAGCAAAUGGACAGUCGUUUCAGGUCCAAGGCAUGCAGGGACAGAAUCAACUGAUUCAGUCUCCGUGGGGUCUACAAACCUUAAAUGUUGGAAAUAUUCGUCCGCAGUCAAAUGUACAGACAUUUCAAGUACAAAGUGUUCCUAAUCUUCCAAACUUUCAAACUCUGCAGAACAUUCCAGGAUUUCAAAAUGUGCAAACCAUUGGAUCACAGCCACAGAUUGUAAGCGGACCGCUUACAAACAUUGCAAACCUUGGUGCUUUGACAUCAACAGCGCAAGUUGCUGGACUGAAUGGAGCGAUGAUUCAGCAAGUGAGUCCGCAGCAGAUUCAAGUGGUGCAGGCGGUUGGUGGUCAGGCAGUGAAUGGGAAUGGUGCAAUGCAGAUCGGGACAGCCCAAAUAGUUGGACAACAAGAAUUGGCUGAAGGUGGGCGUUGGCAGGUCCUUGCAACAACGCCAACACAAAACCAACAAAUGGGCCAACUCAGCCCUGAGCCACAAUCGUCCCAGGACUCGAGUGGGACACCAACGGGAAGGAGGUUGCGGCGAGUAGCGUGCACGUGUCCGAAUUGUCGAGAUACAGAAGGAAGGUACAUAAAUAAAGAAAACAAGAAAAAACAACACAUUUGCCAUAUACCUGGGUGCAAUAAAGUCUAUGGGAAGACAUCACAUCUGAGAGCUCAUUUGCGGUGGCAUACUGGAGAACGGCCCUUUGUAUGCGACUGGUUAUACUGUGGUAAACGCUUCACCCGAUCGGAUGAGCUUCAGCGUCAUCGACGGACACACACAGGCGAGAAGAGAUUUCAGUGUCCCCACUGUAGCAAGCGGUUCAUGAGGAGUGAUCACCUUUCUAAACAUAUCAAAACGCAUGUGAACAAGAGGACCCCAGGUGGGGAGGGGGAAGUCGCUGAAUUAAAUAUGUCCGAGAACGGCGAAGAGGAUUUAGAUGAUACUGGAGAGAUGGAAGGAAUAGAAUCUGAGGAGGACGAUCUGGACCAUAGUCGGGAUGCCCUCGAUAAUCAGGCGGCACUUAAUCCACCACUCAUUCAAAUCAAAGAUGUCAAAUCUGUCAUUUUGAAUCAGUAGCAUUCUCAGAGACCAUGUCCAUGACAUUUAGAAACUUUUUUACUGGCUUAGAAGACACAUAUAUCACUCUGGAGAAUCCAUUCCCCAACUUGGUGAGAAUCAGACAGGCAUCCCAACUAGCUGAGCUGACCUCUCCAAGGAAAGGAGGUUUUUCAGUAAUGUUGUUCAUCAGAUAAUAAAAGGUUUUCCCAGCUUGAUUUUUAUCAUUCGUAGAGAAGAAUGCACGGUGUUUGUCCUGUGGAUAGAUUAACAUAAGAUUCAAAGUCAGUUGUGGAACUGAUUCUCCAGGGUGUAUAUUUGUAAGAAUAGGGGCAAACAUAAACUCAGAAAUAUAUAUUUUUUGGGCUGUUGAAAGUAUCAUGGUUUUGUGAAAUUAAAACUUUGUCGUAUGGUACCUUUGAUUAUGUGUUUUGACAACCCUGUUUUAGGGGUUUAGUUUUUACAGCCAAAAUGUAGACUUCAGAGGAAUAUUUGCAUUGCGGAAAAAAUAACAUCCAAGUGCAGUGAAUCUUGAACACAUUCUGUUCCAUUUUCAAGUCUAAUCAACUAAUGCUCAUGUUUUUUCUCCUUUUCAAAACUGCAACCUUCCAGUUUAGAAAAACUUGGUUUUUUUGUGGGAAUCGUCAGUUCAGGGACUGAAAUUUCAACAGAGCUGUAUUUUUAUUUCUUCUUCCAAGGGGCCAUCCAUUUAGUAUAUACGCACUGAAGGGGGGAGGGUACAUUUCCCCUGUACAGUUUGUCCAAAAUGUGCGUACAGGGGAGGGGGUGUCUCAAAAUCCCCAGUUUGAUGCGUACAUACUUUAUGGAUGACCUCCAAAGAGUUUAUUUCUUUUGAUUGAUUCACGAUUCUUGUAUUCUAUUGUAAAAUUUUUACAUUUUGUACAAAUAGUGUACAUUUAUUUCUUGUGAUAUAUCUGUUACUUAUACUUAUAUUGGUCAGAAAUCGUGUAAAUAUAUCUAGAUUGGUUCCCUUCGUGGAAGAUGACUUUCCAAUUGGCGAUGUGUUAAUUGGACCGCAAAAAUUGCGGAAUUAAUGUGCAGCAAUAAUGUUUGGGUUACAGUAGGUGUUACAAGUAACUUAGAUCUGACAUGCCAUAAUAUACUAAAUGUUGCAAUCUGCCUAAAACGAGAUUGUUUAGAUAUAACUAAUUAUCAUACUGAGAAAGAAUAUCAACCAAUGAUUUUAUGUAAUUGAUGUAAGAAUCUCAACUUAUUUGUUAAAUGAUUAGGGGAUCAUGAUUUUUUGGUUCUUCUAUCCAGCUGUAAUUUAUUGUGCUAGCGUCUAUGGAAAAUUCAAACUCUAUCUGUGUAUCUGAAGGCUUUUGGACAGAGAAACAGUCUAAUUGUUCUGCAGUGGCAGAUAACUAGUUGAGUUCACAUUUUGAGUGCUCAUUCAAGAAAAUAGCAAAAACUGCAAACUGUGAAUAUUGAAUUGUUUCACGGCCUGCAGUUUGAUCUAAAAUGAGUGAGAAAUGUAUAUCACAUGUAGUAUAUAGUCUGUAAUGUACAUCAAGGUACACUAUACUAUUGGAAUAUGUUGGGCAGUCAAUCAAAUUAAUAAUACAUGUACUGUGAAGUUGAAUGUAUUGGAGAUGUUUUAUUCACUGCCAUUUGGCUGAUUUCUCUUGAUAAAUCACUGACUUCUUUUAUCUGCCAAAGACUUAUUUGCAAUUUUGGGCAGUAUGAGAAGAUACAUUUUCUCUGAUCUUUCUCUAAAAACUGGUGUUCUCCAUCCCGAUUAACUAUUUUGAAUCAAUAAGUGAAGUUUGUUUAGUGGAAUUUAUUUAUGAUAACCUUGGUGAAACUUCGCAUUUAUAGUAUUUGUAUAUUAAUUCGUCUACAUAAUGGCAUUGUUGAAAUUUAUCCGUUACAAAGUUGAAAAUCGUCAAAUUCAAUUCAAUUUUUCACAUUUUGAUGCGCACGGAGUUGGCCUGGUAGAGAAAAUCAUUGUUAAGAAUGUAUUAAAAGUAAUAAUGUCCAUUACUUGUGUGGUGCCCGGCAUAGGGGGGAACAUGAGUGCAGGUGAGGUAAGAUCAAGAAGAAAAUGAAUGUGUCAGGAAAAUAAAUCAAAUAAGAUUUUCUAUUUAAAA